GCAAUGCACCUCUUUCCUUUUCAUCCAAAGUGUGUUACAUAAAGUACCGAGAGCCUUCCAGUGUUGGAGUGGCACAGCAUUUAACCAACACAGUUUUUAUUGACAGAGCUCUUAUUGUUGUGCCAUGCGCAGAAGAUCACUAGACUGGCCAAGGCGUUACACUACUACACUAGCCUGACUCAAGGCUUUGUUUUCCAAGCCAGUAUACCCGCCGGGGUCCACGCUGCCUUCAAGGGGGGAGUGUGACCAGGAACCUAGCCGCUGAACCUUCCGAGAUGGACACCUUGUCUCUUUAUUUUAUUUUUAUUUUUUUUUCAUUUUGUUUAUUUUUAUUUUUUUAUUUCUCUCACAUGCUGUCCCUUUUUGCCUCUUAGAAACGUUGCAUAUUCAUUGUGUUGUUUUUCUUUUUUUGUUUUUCUGUCCCCUUGUCCCUCGUUCCCCAACCCCACAGUUGCUCCUUUGCCUGUCUUUGAAAGCUGUCCAGGUUGACUUGGCGCCCAGUAUUGGAGGAAAGUGUGAACGUUUUGGGACUCAACCUCAAUGGGUUUUCUCGCCCAUUUUAAAGCACAGACCUACCACAAAUCUGUUAACUUGAUGAGCAAUAUACCUAAUUGAUGCGGCCAACAUGAACGGUUGUCUUGUGUUGCACACCCUUACCAACACUGCGAAACGAUCGCCCCAGGGAGAAAGCGUCCAUGCUUGAUAUCGUAUGGUUCAUGACCAAUAUGUUUCCAGUACAGGAAAAAUCCCAGAAGAGGCAAAGGCCCUCUCGCUUUUGGCCCCUGCUACGCCUGUCGCUAGCCUGAUAAGCGGAGGAGGACUUCUGCCCAUUCCCAGCCCUGCUACGCUAAAUCGUGGUCUUCCUUUGGUUAAUCUGGGAGUCAUAAAGUCUAGUUUGGAUACAUCUGUGGCGGCUUUAAGCGGAGUCACGUCACAGCCUCCACUUAUGGGCAAUGUUGAUCCCUCGAAAAUCGAUGAGAUCAGGAGGACAGUCUAUGUCGGCAACUUGAAUUCACAGACCACCACGGCCGAACAGCUACUGGAGUUCUUCAAGCAGGUUGGAGAUGUGAAGUUUGUGAGGAUGGCUGGGGAUGAAACUCAGCCUACACGCUUCGCCUUCGUGGAAUUUGCUGAUCAGGACUCAGUGACACGAGCACUUACCUUUAACGGCGUCAUGUUCGGAGACAGACCGCUAAAGAUUAACCACUCCAAUAAUGCCAUAGUAAAGCCUCCAGAGCUCACACCACAGGCUGCAGCCAAAGAACUGGAGGACGUUAUGAAAAAGGUCAGAGAGGCUCAGUCAACCAUUGCUGCUGCUAUUGAUCCAGCCGACAAGAUUCGGUCGCCUAGUAGAUCCAGGCGUUUCAAAAGGUCCAGAUCUCGGUCUCACUCACGAAGGAAGCGAUCCAGAUCCAGGCACAGGGGUCGUCCAUCUCAGAGGCCAAGGCAGAGGCUAAAUGAUUUACGUGGGUCCCAUAGAAGACACUCGCGAUCCCGAGACAAAAAACACAGCCGGAGUCGAUCUCACUCCAGGGACCGGAAGAAGGAAGGAAAGGUUCGGAAAGAAGGUGACUGGGAUGAAAAGAGGCAGAGGGUCAAAAAAGGAAGAACGCCUCCCAAAGGCUACAGCGGAUCAAGAUGCUCCCGGAGUACAAGCAGAGGACAGAAAAGAAGCAAAUCUCAAUCCAGGUCGCCGAGACGGAGGGCCAGGUCACCAUCGCCAAAAAGAGGGAAGAAGGAUAAAAAGAGAGAGAAACUGAGAGACAUUAGCAGGGAAAGAAGCGAGAGCUUGGCAUUCAGGAGGAAAAGCAGAGAUUAUGAUCGCAAGGCUAAAGCAUCACAGGUGGACAGGAGCUACGAGGAAGCAGACCAUGAGUAUUUCAGCGAUGUUGGCUCAGGCUCCAUGGCCAGUGAUGAAAAAUCUCCCCGAGCUCAUCACAACGGCAGCUAUGGGAGCACUUACGCAGACGAGGAGGAUCUCUCUGCGGUUGAGUGAUCAACACGUACACAUAAUGCUAAUCCAAGAACUGUGAUGUAUGUUCAGUGGUUGUGUCUGCACAGCGUAGAAUAGCGUGUCAUACAGUAAGAGCUGUCACUCCAAUGCUUUUCCCUGCGUCCAUUGACCCUUGCAGAACAUUGCCCGUCGCUGUGAAUAUGCUACCUGUCAUAUGAUAUUCAUAUGGAUAAAAAUGUAAAGUUUUGGAUAGAGCUUUAUUGUGGUGAGAGCUACCGCAUAUUGAAUGGAGUGUGUUUAGGUCACAUUUUAAAAUUUGUUUUGCUUUCUUUUGCAUGUAAUGUUUACACUUAAAAAUAUAAUUUUGUGCUUUUUUGUGUUCACCCUUUUUUUUACUAAUGUAAAAUUUCACAUUUUGUUUUAAGAAGUUUUAUUUUGGGGGGAAAGUCUUAGAAAUUAUAUUUUCCAUAAAUAUAUUGCAUAAAAACUUACUAAAUCUAAAAGUAGAAUUGCUUAUUUUGUUCUUUUUUUUUACUGUGACCCAGGGUUUUUUGAUAUUUUGAGACUUACAGUACCAGGCUUUUUCACAGUUUUUGUGUACAUAAUGUGUAAAAAAAAUGCUUGUGGUGAAAUGUGUAGAUGCACAGUGCAUGGUUAAAGUGCCUAGAGAGAUUGUUUUGCAAAAAGAUAUUUAACAACGUUGUAAUUGAAGUCAAAAAGGAAUAUUUAUCUAUCAUUGUCACCUAAACAACAUUAUAGCAAAGCUGGUGUGAAUUGCAUAGUUUUAUCUUUAUUUUUAACAGAAUUAACCAGGGACUAGAGACAUACAGUAAUAUCUCAAUACAGUACAAGUAUUGUUAUGUGGCACCUAUUCAUGUUUUAAUAGUGUUUUGAGAAGCGUUUAUUGAUCGGUGAACACAGUAUACUGUGAUUAUAUUAUUAGCAGUCACUGCUGUCCCAUUCAGAAUUACUACAGUUUAAAGCUUUGUGCUUCAGAAUUCGUAUUUAUUUUUAUAUCGAGUCUUUAACAUACAGUCCGUACAGUCGAAUACUUUAGUGAGUGGAUAUAUACUGUACAAUUAUAUAAUUGUUUAGCCGGAAUAACUAAUAUAAAAAAGAUGGAGUAGUGUUGACUGAAAUCGAUUUGUGAGCUGUGUGAUUCUGUUUUUGUGUUAUACAUGUAUAAAACAGAUUUUCCCUAAUGCAAAAUAUACAGUAAAGACAAUAUACUUAAGA